AUGGCUUUCAUCCACUGCGGCUCUGAAGAAUGCGCUAAAUCUGAACUUGAUUUAUUCAACAUUGGCCCAACACAGACCAGUAUUGAGAGAAGCCUGUUUAUAGAGGUACCCCCUCUCUCUGCCCUUUCAGACUCUGCACCACUGGAUUUCUACAUUCCAGGGAAUGGGGAAGAUUAUAUGGACUUAAAUAACACUUUGCUUUAUGUGUGUUGCAAAAUUGUCAAUCCUGACGGAACCAACCUCGCUGUAAAUGAGGAGGUAGGCCUGGUGAAUUAUCCAAUAGCAUCCCUCUUUAGUCAGCUGGAUGUGACACUUGGCGAUCGUUUAAUAAGCCAAAGCAACAAUUCCUAUCCCUAUCGAGGGUAUUUUGAAGCUGUGCUAAACUACAGUCAGGCUACCUUGGAGACACAAUUCUCUACAGCCUUGUUUUUCAAAGAUAUCGCUGGCGAACAUGAAUCUGCGGAUCUGGAGGGAGAUAAUACUGGUUUUAUUAGAAGGGCAAAUCUGACCGCGCAAAGCAGGAAGAUAGAUCUGUUGGGUCAUCUCCACUCCGACCUGUUUUUCCAAGAAAAGCUGCUCUUAAAUGGGGUUGAUGUGAAAAUCAAACUUACCCGGAGCAAAGAUGCCUUCUGCUUAAUGUCUGACGUUGCAGAUAGGCCUUUCAAACUUCAGAUUGUGGCAGCCUCACUUUUUGUUAAAAAAGUCAGAGUAGCUCCAGGUGUACGUCUGGGCCAUGCCGAAGCGUUGCUGACCUCUAACGCCAAAUAUCCUGUGGACCGUGUCAGCAUGAAAGUGUUUAGCAUUCCUAGAGGGAGCCGUGUAGCCAAUCAGGAAAACCUGUUUUUGGGUCAAUUACCUAAGCAAGUUAUUAUCGGUAUGGUCGACAAUGACUCUUAUAGCGGUGAUUAUCAUAAAAACCCAUUUAAUUUUCAACAUUUUAAUACCAAUUUCGCGGCCCUUUACCUGGAUGGAGAACAGAUACCCACCAAACCUUUUCAACCGUGUUUUGAGGACGGAAAUUGUGUCAGAGAAUACAUGAGCCUUGUACAGGCGGCUGGCAAACACAUGAAAGACCGGGCGCUUUUAAUUAACCGUGAAGAGUAUGCCAGAGGUUACACCCUGUUUGCAUUUGAUCUAACCCCCGAUCAAGAGGGGGGUGACCACUAUUCUUUGAUUAAAACAGGAAACCUGAGGGCUGAAUUUCGCUUUAGUAGAGCCCUGCCUGACACUAUAAAUAUGAUUGUUUAUGGAGUUUUUGAUAGCUUAAUACAGAUUAAUAACCGCCGGAAUGUUGUUUUUGACUAUAUGUAA